AUGUCUUGCGCAGUCGUGUCAACUGAAGCGAAAGCGAGUAUCCCUGCUGAUCAAAACCCAUUGACUGCCACUGGAGAAAAUGGAGACAAACUAGCCGAAGUUGAAUGGGUCGAAUCAGAGAAAAAGAAGAAAAAAAAGAAGAAGAAGAAGCCCAAGAGCAAGCGUGGGUUGAACAAGCCGACUGGGUUCGAGGAAUACUAUGUGGAUGCUCCUAUCACCCCGGAAGAAUAUGAGAAAGAAAAGGAGCUUUAUGAUGUCUCUCGGCCCAUUGUUCACCGAAUUGAGGAUGCCAUCUUACGCUAUCAGAAAAGCCGUCGCUUGCUGAACGAGAGACAUGCGGUGUUCAUGAAGUACUUGGCAUACGGAGGGGUGAACACCGCCCAGAAGAUGUUUCAAGGAGUGGAAGACCGUGACAUGGAGGACAUGGACGCCGAAGACAUCCUUGUUGCUCGGGGUCAAUCCACUAUCGAUCAUGAUCAUUCGCGCCUUGAGAUUGACUUCAAUGCAGUGGUCAAAGGGUUCUUGACCUCGGUCUUUCCGUUCUUCUUCAACCCCGAAUCUGAAGCCGAAGUCAAGUUAGCCACGGAUACAAUCCGCAACUUCUUGUCUUACCUGCUUUAUCACGAUGUUUGUCCGGAACGCAAACAGAACAUUGACGAUGCCAGGGGAUCAUGCGAUGUCGCGGCCAAAGAGAUCUGGAAAAAUGCACAGUUCACGGCUCAAGGACCUGGACAUUUCAACAUCGCGGCUUCGACGCUCUUUGGUGGGUUCUUCUACGAUAACUACGUUGAGGACAAUCAGUGGGAAAACAAGAAGGGCGAAUCGGUCUUCAUGACCAUUGAAGUGGCUAGCAAAGUCGUGAAGGUUGCGCUAGCCGGAGCUGCAUCCUACAUGCAGGUCAAGCGCUACGAUGAACUAGCUUAUGUCGAGAGGUUGGAGGCAGUAUGCUUGGAAGAUAUUCACGGAUUCGAAGUCACAAGGGUUCAUCCGCCUAGUGCCCGAGUACGGGAGUUCUACAAGGAGCACGCUCCCGACCUGUACCCCGUCGGUAAGAUUUAUGGAAAAGCCUACCGAGACCCAGGCAAACCGAAAUAUGACCUCGGGCCCGAAGAGAGACUUGAGUGGGAACAACAUAGUGCCCCCGAAGAAGAAUUUGAGUUCUUCGUCGAAGAGCACUUACUUGAACACUGCUACCCCGGUAUGAAGGUGAUAACAACGGUGUGGGAGUUGAACUGUGGGUUUCAUUUCUUCGAUGAAGUCUUCUCAUCCUACUGCUCUAUCUACACCGUGCUCGCGAACGACCUCAUGAUGGGAUGGAAGAAGCCGAGAGAUCUGACCGGGGAGGACGCGGAUGAUAGCAGCGACGAGGGAGUGGGCGAUGAGGAAUCCUAA